CUUCUAAUACUCAAAACAGUGGAGAGGCGAAUUUAAAACAAGAUUUAGAAAGACGAUAUAUGGAAUACGUUUAUAUGUAGUCAUAAUUAUUGUACCUGAAGUUAACUCCAAACUCUCAUUGGCUCAAAUGAGGCAAGUGUACCUAAUGUGGUGUCGUGAGUAGUAUCGAGUGAGAAAAUCUGCGUUUCCACACAUUUUCCAGCCAGCCGGGAGGGGGCGCCAUUGCUCUUAUUUGUUCCCGCGGUUGCCAGGUUACCGAGCCAGUGAGGCGCUUCUUGCGGCCUUUUGUCUUUUUUUCUUUUCACUCUUUUGGCAAAAUUCUCUGGGUAAGCAAUGUCUGAAACAGAGUCUGAGUGUAAAAAUCCGAAGGCGAAAGGUGUUUUCUCCACUUUAAUGGCGGAUGGUGACUGGUUGCUGCUGAAGGGAGAGUGUGAAAAAGCAGUCGAAAGCUACAGCACGGCUCUGACACUCAAACCUGAAGACAAAGACUGCUUUGUGGGUCGCUCCAAGUGCUACCUAAAGGUGGGUCAAUACGAAAAAGCCCUGAGGGACGCCGAAGCGUCACUUCAAGAAGACCACUCCUUUUUUGAGGUAUGCGUUUUUGACAUCACACUAAACAAUUGUGUGGAACAAAUGAUACAAUUAUUCUUUUUUUAUUUCAAUGAGGGCUUGUACCAGAAGGCCGAGGCUUUGUACUGCUUGGGGGAAUUUGAAUUUGCGCUAGUGUUUUACCACCAAGGGCUGAAGCUGCGCCCUCAAGUCCACGAGUUCCAGCUGGGCAUCCAGAAAGCGCACGAAGCCAUUGAGAACGCCGUCACUGUUCCUCCUGCCGUCAUACAGAAGGUUAAAGCAGACAUGCUGCAAAAAGAUGCGGAGAUGACAGCAGCCAAGAAGCCACACACCUCUGAGACAGAGAAGAAGAGCAAGAAAUACCUGGGGGAGUUUUACGAGGACAGGAAGUAUCUGGAGAAUUUGUUAAAGGAUGAAGCCUUGGUGAAAAGCAAGACGAGAAACGGCAAGCAACUGCAGGACGUCAUCCAGGGCUGCCUCACAUACUUGGAUGACUGCGCCGACUUCUGGAACCAGCAGAAGCCCCCGUGUCCUUCACCCAAAGACCCUCAAAGACAACCAAGCAAGCGGGCCAAAACGCCUGCCCGUGCCCCCACGGAACCCGCACAUGUGAUACUUAAGAGCCUAUAGGACACUGACACAUAUCAUUGAAUUAGAUUUGCAGUUAUUUAUUUCAAAAGGCACAAGAAUAAAAACAGUAUGACAGACGAAAGAAGA